AUUUAAAGGGGAUCUUCACUUUUCAUCCAUCGAUCCAUUUUCAUAGCCGCUUAUCCUCACGAGGGUCGCAGGAGUGCUGGAGCCUAUCCCAGCUGUCAACCAGCAGGAGGCGGGGUUCACCCUGAACUGGUUGCCAGCCAAUCGCAGGACACAUAGAGACAAAACAGUCGCACUCACAAUCACACCUCGGAGCAAUUUAGAGUGUCCAAUUAAUGUUGCAUAUUUGUGGGAUGUGGGAGGAAACCGGAGUGCCCGGAGGAAACCCACACAGGCACGGGGAGAGCAUGCAAACUCCACACAGGUGGGUCCGGAAUCGAACCCGGCACCUCAGAACCGUCAGGCCAACGCUUUCCAGCUGCUUCACUGUGCCGCCAUUUUCUGACAUAUGGUAAUGAAAAUUAAAUUGAAUCGAUCAUAUUACUUUUUUUUUUUUUUUUAAACUUUCAUUCAAUGGACAUUCUGGUGAGUACUCUGCAGCAAUAGUAUUUUUUUCACAAAGUAUCAAAAAUACAUGCUUAUUUAUUGUAGUGUCUGUCUCCAUGUGUUGCUCCACCGAUUGGGUUCAAAUAGUUAUUGCUUAAAGGGCUACAGUAAAGAAUAUAUACGAUAUAACACCUUUGGUAUCACAUGGUAGUAUAGGUAUUGCAAUUGUUUGACCUGUGAUGUAUGAAGCUACUUCUUUACAUGGAAUUUUGGCCGUAUAUUAAUUUGCAGUAAAUAAUUGCAAUUGCAUACAGAAUACUUUAUUCCUUAUUUAAAAAAUGGUUUAUCUCUUCCUCCUCAACACCCUUCAUUGUGGAAAAAGUUUUUUUUUUUUUUAUGUAAUGUUUUAAUAAUGCUUUUUAUUUCCCAGGAAGGUGGCUCAUUUCACCAACCAAAAGAAAAUGGAUUUGACUAUGAAUCAAAAUACUGCUGUCGACCAAAUGAUAAAUCUACGGCACGUCGAGGGCAUCCCCCUUCUGCGAGAGAUCAAACACACGUAAAGGAAAUGUGGACACUCGGCGAUGCAGCUUGACGUGUGCGCGUAAUGCCUCUUUAUAAGAAGAGACAAAAAACUGUGUAUGCGUGUGUGUGAGAGAGAAAGAGAGAGAGAGAGGUGUCAACCAGCGAGCGUGUGCAUUAUGACUACGGACGUCAUCGUCUGUCAAAGUUGAACGACAUUCUCACCGCCGGAAGAGAUCCUCAAGACAUGGCUCAUGAGGAGGAAAGCGUGACGGUGGCCGGCGAAGAAGAGAUGGAGACGCCGCCGGAGGUAAAAAGAACUGUCGGCUUGCCCUCUGGGCUAUUUUCAACACUUACAGUUGAUACGUCUCCUCCAGGCACCGAUGCCCCCGACCAACGCGAGGAAGGAUCCGGCGCCAGCCUGCUGCACAUGGAGGAGAAGUCCUUUGUCUCUAGUCUGCACUCGUUCAUGAAGGAAAGGGGCUCGCCCAUUGAGAGGAUUCCGCAUCUAGGCUUUAAACAGAUUGACCUUUGGAUGAUCUACAAGGCGGUUGAGAAACUGGGUGGAUACAAUUCAGUGACGGCGCGACGCCUGUGGAAGAAAGUCUACGACCAACUAGGGGGGAGUCCCGGCAGCACCAGCGCCGCCACCUGCACUCGCAGACACUACGAGAGACUGGUCUUGCCCUAUGAAAGACAUCUGAAAGGGGAAGAUGAUAAGCCUCUGCCCCUCGGCAAGCCAAGGAAGCCCUACAAGAGGAACGUGGGGGGGAAGACCAACAAAUCAGAGUGGAAGGGGAAAAGAAGCAUGUCGGAAAGGGAAAAAGAUUCGGAGCGGCUGCUGUCAGAGGCUGCCGGUCAGAGUCAAGCAGCGCCACGUGCCGGUUCUGGUCUCUGGUCAGGGACCGCCGAGAGGCACCGGCCGCAAGCGCCCCUGGCCCCCGACCUUUAUGUGUACUCCCACCUGCUGCACGGCCCUCCGACGGCGGCAGCGCCCUGGCCCGCAAACAUCGGCCAGGUCAUCUCUCCUCUGGAGAAAAAGAAACGCGUAGCCCAGGCGAGCCUUCGAGCGAAUCCGCAGGCCGAGGAACGAGACAGGCCUUCCGUUAUCCGACGCUCCGUGUCGCCGGUUUCGGGCAGCCGCAAGUGCGACUCCUCCGACGGCUCUCCUCGCCCUCGCUCUUGCUCCUCCUUCUCCUCCAGGAGCCCAUCCCCGGGCUCCGUCUCAUCGGAGGAGGGAAUCAACGCAGCCGCGGACCCGGACUCUUUCGUCCGAAGUGAUGGCGCGCCCGAGAAGCAAAUGUCAGAAGAGCCACUGGGAGUGCGGAAAGACAGAGAUCAAGUCCAGUUUUUAAGGGACAAAGACCAGAUUAAGAACCAUGACUGGAAGCCGAAAGUUGCCAGUAUAGACCUCACACGCCCUUCUGAGUGCGAGCCAACAUCUUCCUCUGGUUUCAUCAAAGUUCUCAGAAAAUCAGCACAGCUUCCGCGGCCCGCUCCGAUCCGGCCAGGCCGCGGAAUCCCGCACAACGCUUUGGCGCAUCCCAGCAAACCUUUAAAAAACAUCCCCUCGCCCUGGGAAACGUUCGGGGCGAUGCCGGCGAAAUUUCCCCCCAGCCAGCAGCGGCUGGCCCGCAUGGCGCCGCCUCACGACAUUUGGGCCAGAGACUCUCACGCGCGGACGACGUCGCAGCAGCCGGCCUUCCUCCCCAGGAUGCCGAUACCUCAGACUCAGCUGACGUACCGCCACCUUCCUGUCAUCUACCCGUACCCGUACACCAUCCCUCUGUGGGGGCCCCACACUUCAUACUCGAUCCCCACCGUCAACACCUUUUACACCCAACACAAACUAUGAGUCUCCACCUUCAUCUGCAGGUAUCAGCAAUUUCUGUUUGUGAUUUUGUCGUUGGCCGGCACGCCGGAACAACUGCUUAGAGCGUUGGCCUCACAGUUCUGAGGACGGGGGUUCAAAUCCCGGCCCCGCCUGUGUGGAGUUUCCAUGUGCUCCCUUUGCCAGCGUGGCUUUUCUGAUCGCACUCCGGUUUCCUCCCACGUCCCAAAACAUGCAUUCGUUGGACACUCUAAAUUGCCCCUUUCUUUCCCCUUGUGAGGAUAAGCGGCUCCGAAAAUGGAUGGAUUUUGAUGUUAUUGCUGUUCUGAGUUUUUCUCUCAUUGUCAGAUUGGAACAUUCUGCGACUAAGGGGGUUGUCUAUCACCUGCACGCACACAUUACACACAUCAGGAGGUUGCCAUUGGGAUCAUCAGGUGUCUGUGCUGUGGAAACAUGACGCAAUUUCAUUGAGUUGGUCCCAAAAUGAUUUUAUAAGACAAUAUCAAAACAUUUAUUUUUGUUCAUUUAUCUAUGAAAGCGAUAAUUACAGGCACAACAAUUACCGUAAUUUCCAGCCUAUAAGCCGCGAUUUUUUUUCCGGACCAGUGUAAUUUAUGUGCCGAGGAACUGACUUUUACCAGUGUGUUGUUUUUUUUUUUUGUUUUUUUUUUUAAACGGCCCUAUUAGCGCUGCGCUAGUGUUACGCUGCUACGGUAAAUGUUCUUCCGCUAGAUGGCUCAAGGUACAAUGAAUUCACCCGUAUAUUGCCAGUCGUACAACAGAGUAAUGAUUUUGUGUUUAACUCGGGCCAGAUUUCAGUCAAUCUGAGUAAAUGAAUUUGUAAAUACACUGCAAUGUUACAAACUAAAAAAAAUAUCGUAAACAGGAGCCCGUUCUUAGCACAUCCGCCGAUGGCAUCACCCAAAACAUUCGCUGAACAUCAGGGUGGGAAAAACCUCUUGCCAGGAAAUACUGUAGCUGCCCAGUACUAUGUCCUCACAUGCUACCUUCAAAGUCACUCAACAGACUACACCUGCCUUUUUAAGGAAUACACAUAUUCAGUCAUAAUUUGUACAGUGCAAAAUGUGAAAUAACAGCACAUCCCAUUCCUAUUGUUUGUCAGUAAUGCAGCGUUGGCAUGAGCGUUCCAAAAUAUAGUAUAUAAAUCCAUCCAUUAUCCGAGCCCCGUACCCAAUGCAAUAAAUACUUGAUCGCUACUUUGUGGAUUUGAUCUCUUACGAGGGUGGUCUGGAAUGUAUCCCCCGCGAUAAACCAGUUACUGACUACAUGUAGUUUUUGGGGCAUUUUUUGUUUAGUGUACUAUGAAAAUAUACGCGCGUUAGCUAAGACUCAAGGGAAAUACUGAAUCAUUCGAGGACUACUAAUGAAAAACUUGCAAUCUGUCACAAUUUUCAACCUUUGAACACAGUUGCGUAGUGACUUAUUCAACUGUUUUUGGGUCUGGCUAAUGUCAGGGGAUAUUAAUGCAAUUUGUGUCAAUUUCUUUUGAAUGUUUCAUUCCUCUGGGAUAAAUUUCCAAAAUCUGUGGCCUUUUGUGGCUGAUCUGAUGAUGAAUGUCGAAUGAAAUUGUGUGAUUAUUUGGCAAAAUUUUCCCCCAUCAAAUGUGAAACUGUGCUCUUGAUUUCAUGAAUUUCUGCCACAGUUUUACAUAGCGGUCCCGCUUUUCAGCGAAGACAACAUCAUCGGUUAUUGGAACCACUGAGGGGGAAUUCACAUUUAUCUCAGAGGACUUUUCAGUCACAAAGUCUUUGAACACGCCACACAUUUUCUGAAGAUCAUGGCAUUUUACUGAAAGGGGGUUCAUUCUCGGUUCUUUUGAUAUCUGUCUUUGUCUCAGCAUUUCAGCCACAGGAUGAGGCAGCGAUGUAGUUUCUCUCAUGUUCAACCAUGACGAUGUUUCCAUUGGAGUGCAGAUGCAGUGAUAAAA